UGUUGCCAAAAUGUACCGGAACCCUUGGAUCUCGAAUUACCUGACUCAUGUCAAGUUUUGCAGCCAAGGACUUGGGAGUGAGACCCCUAUAAAACUAAGUAAUCCCAGACUGCUGCAGAAGAGAGCUUUGAGCUUCCAGAAAGAAUUCUCCUUUGAGGAAAAAGACGAGCCAGCCAAAAGCACCAAGGAUAUAGAUGUUAGUCUCUUGGCCAAUCUCCCCAAAGUGUCUGAACUGAGGAAACGAUUCGAAGGCAUUACAACAAGUGCAAGUGACUGGGAAAUGAACAGAAAGGAGCGUAUUGCUCGGCGGUUGGAGGGCAUAGAGGGUGAGGUGCAUCCUUCUCUGCUGCCCAGCUUGGUGGCCAAUCGGCUUCUAGAGGAGGAUACACCGAGAUACACCAGGGCCUCUGACCCCUGUGAGCCCUGUGGUGUUACAGUCCAGCGGUAUGGCGUUGAGGGAUUCGAAAGCUCAGAAAUGCAGCCGAAGGCUCCGGAGCGACAGUCCAGAGCUCGAUGUAGGCCUGACCCUCAGUCCUCAGUCCACACAGAGCCAGUCUACAGUUCAAGCUCCACCACCAGUGGCCCAGAGCUGGAGUCCAAGGCUGAACGAAUCGCCCGCUACAAGGCAGAACGGCGCCGGCAGCUGGCUGAGCGCUACGGUAUCGCCUUAGAUCAGGAGCCGGACUUGGACUAUCCCUCUCGCUACACCCGCACCCAGAGGGAGUCGGAAGGCUCGGAGAGGCAAAACAGAGAGGCGUCUGUGGGGGAAGAAGGGAGAGACAUCAACCUGACUUCUUACACCAGCACCUCAGCCACCAGCCCGAGGUCCGGACACACAGCACACCACCAGGGCCACGCCGACCCGGGCUACGAGAUGGGCCGCACCAGGGUGGACUCGUUCUCAGAGAGGGAGAGGCUGAUGAACCUAGAGAACCAACGCAGGGCUGCUCCUCCAGAGCCGCCGUCCUCCUCCUCAUACAUGGAUGUGACAUCACUGUCCUCAGCUGGCAGGGGGCCGGCCAGGGACUAUCCAGUCACAGGGAUGCCACCCAGUUCACCCAAGCUGAGCAGGCACCCUUCCCUCUCCUCACCUAAACACGGUGCGUCUCCUGGAGACCUCUUCAUCGAACAGCAGGCCCACAACAUCCUCAGCAGACAGGGUGCGAGAGCGAUGCUCAGCACUGAUUGGUUCCUCCAGACUGAUGCUGAGGGCGACACCCACUCCCUCAUCAACUGGCCAUCGAGAAUCAGAGUUAGGGAGAGGCUGGCCAGGGACGAGGGCCGCCAGAGGAGCCCAGAGCUGGGAAAUGUUACAGAAGCCCCAGUAUACCGCAGACAAUUUCAGCACCAGUCCCAGACCCACCCCCACCGCAGGGCUGCUCCUCCAGAGCCGCCGUCCUCCUCCUCAUACCCCCACCAUCACACCCAGGCUCAGCUCACCCGACCUGGGCAAGCUGGAGGACAAGAACUUGUUGGUUACCCCAGCUACCUCUCCAUGGCCUCUGGUCCCACCUGCAGAGGCGGGCAGCAGCAGCAGCAGCAUCAGGCCCAGGAGGAGGAGACUGAGGAGACGGAGGAUGUGAAGACAGAGGGCCUCCUGAGGAGUAGGAAGGCAGUGCUGCCCUCGGAGAUCCGCCGUAGGGAGAGAAGCAUUGAAGACCCACGGAGAGGAAGAGGGGAAGAGGACACGGGGAUGUCCAAGGUGCAAAGCCUCAGGCAGCCAAGAGAGGCCGAGACAGAGGAUGUUGGAAGAGACAGACACAGAGGGAGAGCCAGGUGGGACGAAACUGAGCACAGCUCCCGUCUGCAAGCAGCAGAGAGCAGGUCCAGAGAGAGGGAAAACCCCUUUUACAUCCCCAAAGGGGUGCCCGCAACUCACAUCCAGCCCAGAGCGGCACAUGCAGGCGCAGGAAGCUCCACCUCCAGCACCGCCUUGAGCCGCACCGUGUCAGACGCCAUGGAGCCCAGUCAAAGGAACCUGCAGCACCAGACCCACGACCCUCGAGAGCUCAGGCAGGGUGAAGCGUUCAGCAAUGGAGAGAGUCACCAAGACUCCCGGGUGUCUGUGGCCCAGCUCAGACAUUCCUACAUGGAGAGCACCACCACCCCUCCAGCCAGGCGCAGGAACGAGCUGUCCUGUGUGAGCACAGAUUUUGCUUCCGCUGAAGCUGAUGAAGAGAAGCUGGAUGAACGGGCCAAGCUGAGCGUAGCAGCCAAGCGCUCUCUCUUCAGGGAACUAGAGAAGAGCAUUGAUGGCGGAGCUCCUAAACCUCGAUCCAGGAACGCAGCGGUGGACAGGAGACUGAGGCGAACCCAGGACCGAUCCAGAACUCAGCCCGUCACCACUGAAGAAGUAGUCAUCGCCGCCACCGUUCCCUCUCAUGUGCCACAAACGGCGAGUGUUCACACUGCUGUAGCUCGCAUCCCUAGCCCCACCCUAGUUUGCAGCACUGUCCCACCGUACAGCCUGCAGGCAUCCUCACAGCAGAGCGCCGCCGCCCAGGAGCAGGCGCGGGAGGCGUGGUUGAUGCAGGAUACACAGGAGGCCCAGGGCUCCAAGCCGGUGUCCACGAUGGAGGGAAAAGACCAGGGUCAGACUCAGACUCAGAGUCAGGGUCAGGGUCAGGAGGAGCCAGACCUCUGCACCCUCAGCCUGGCAGAAAAGAUGGCACUGUUCAACCGGCUGGCUCAGCCUCCAACCAGGGUUACCCGCACCAGAGGGGACACGCGCCAGCGCAGGUCCAACGCUCGCUACCAGACACAGCCCAUCACACUGGGAGAUAUGGAGCAGCUUCAGAAUGGUGCAGGCUCUCGGUUCGGACACCUCCCAUCUUCGUCGUCCGCCUCUGCACUGACGGCUGGGGGCACAGUGUCCACUGACCACGCUGGAGACAUCCACAUAACCAGAGCACCAGCAGCGCGGGUGGAAAACCUCCCUCCCAGCUCUGAUAGGUCUCUGCCCCCUCAGCACCCAGACGGCCCGGCCUGGAUGUCCCAGGACUCCGUGGACCACCAGAGGUACCGAAGCUUGCCCCAGGGAGAAGACCUGGGCGGAGGGAAAAGGAAGCUGCCCUCUCCUGAAGGAUCAGUCAGGCAGGCCACUCUGCCACAGCCCCAUACUGGAAGAGAGAGGAGGGGGGAGGAGGAGGAGGAGGAGGAGGAGGAGUUUGAGCAGUGGCUGUCCAGAGGGAGGGGAGAGGGGGCCGUGCAGAGCUCAGAGAGCCACAUGCUGCUGGAGAGGCAGGAGCAGAGGGGGUAUCUGAGGGAGGAAGGACACUACCCUGACAUCCAGAGGAGCGGGGUCGUCAGCGGAGAGCUGGUGGCAACAUCCACAGCAGCAUCUGGUUUGGCCAAGACUGUGUGUCAGCCUCCAGCAGCAGAAGAGGACACAUACACAGACGACCUGCUUCAGCCUGAGGAGGGAGACGAAAUGAGCGACAUGAUGACGGCCAGACACAUGUCCAUCAAAGAGAGAGUUGCCCUGUUGAAGAAGAGCGGUGAGGAGGACUGGAGGAACAGGAUCAAUAAGAAGCAGGAUGUGGUGAAUGUUGCCGUGGGUGAGCAGCACACUCAGCUCUGGGAGGUGGAGCAGAGCUUCAAGAAGAAGGACGACGAAGCGCUGAUGAUGAUCGAUGAGUUUGCUGUGUCCGACCAGCUGUGGAGAAUAGCUGAGGCGGAGAUGGAGUGCCAGAGGAUCGAGGCUCACAUGUCCAUCCAGGAGAGGAAGCAGCUGAUAGUGGCCCAGGAGGAGGCGUGGAAGACCAAAGGCCACGGAGCCGCCAACGACUCCACCCAGUUCACUGUGGCUGCGCGCAUGGUGAAGAAAGGCUUGGCCUCUCCCUCUGCCCUCCAGUCUCCAGUCCCAUCCAAACCUAAGAACAGCAGCCCGGCCAUCUCCAAACCACAGGAAGACAUGGAGGAGGUGUCUGAUACUGAAGAGAUCAAGGCCAUACCAGAUCUGAACCUGGAGUCAGACAUGAAGCUGGAUAAGCUGGAGUCGUUCCUGGGCAAGCUCAACAGUAAAGUGUGUGGACUUCCAGAAGCUACCAUCACAGUGACAGAGAAGAAGGUGAAGGAGGUGAUGACCCUAGAAGAUGAGACUUUCUCCAAGUUCUACCGCCACGUGGAGGAGCUGCCCUCCAUCGUCAACAGGGUGGAGAUAGACGACGACUUUGACGCCAUCUUCGGUCCGCAGGUGCCAAAGCUGACCUCGGAGAUGGUGCAGCACAAGCGAGCGGUGCGCCCGGCGCGCAACGUCCAAGCGUCCAGGAACCCUCUGAAGAUGCUCGCCGCCAGGGAGGACAUCAGACACGAGUACACAGAGCAGAGGCUGAACGUGGGGCUGCUGGAGAGCAAGAGGAUGAAGGCUGAGAAGAUGAAUAAGAACUCAGGGUUCUCUGAGGUGGCUCUGGCUGGACUCGCCAGCAAAGAGAACUUCAGCAACGUCAACCUGCGCAGCGUCAACAUCUCCGAGCAGAUGUCCAACAACAGCGCCGUGCCGUACAAGAAGCUCAUGCUCUUGCAGGUCAAAGGCCGACGGCACGUCCAGACCAGGCUGGUGGAGCCCAGAGCGUCCUCCCUGAACAGCGGCGAUUGUUUCCUGCUCAUCGCGCCGCACCACUGCUUCAUCUGGACCGGAGAGUUCGCCAACGUCAUCGAGAGGAACAAGGCUUCAGAGUUGGCCAACUUCAUCCAGAGCAAGAGGGAUUUGGGUUGUCGGGCCAACUACGUUCAGGUCAUCGAGGAGGGCAUCUGCACAAACAGCCACCCUGCCAAGGAGUUCUGGAAGAUUCUGGGAGGACAGUCAAAUUAUCAGUCUGCAGGAACCCCAGAUGAAGAUGAGCUGUAUGAAGGCGCCAUUGUGGAGACGAACUGUAUUUACCGCCUGAUGGAUGACAAACUGGUCCCAGAUGAUGACUUUUGGGCCAAGAUGCCUCGCUGUUCCUUGCUCAACCCCAAAGAGGUUUUGGUGUUUGACUUCGGCAGUGAGAUGUACAUUUGGCACGGGAAGGAAGUGACGCUGGCACAGAGGAAGGUGGCCUUUCAGCUGGCCAAGCACCUGUGGAACGGCACCUUCGACUACACCAACUGCGACAUCAACCCGCUCGACCCGGGAGAGUGCAAUCCACUCAUACCCAAGAAAGGCCAGGGUCGACCUGACUGGGCCGUGUUCGGCAGACUGACUCAGCACAAUGAAACCACUCUAUUCAAAGAGAAGUUCCUGGACUGGAGCGACUCCAGGAAAACCCCCAGCCCCACAAAAAACACCAACGACCACAUGACAGAUCAAAAGGAGCAGUCCACCUCCGAUCAGCCCCGGGCGUAUGACGCCUCCCUGAUGCUGCCCCUCCAUCAGGCGCCUGUCUGCACCAAACUGGAUGGGUUUAACGUGGGGCGGGGCUACAGCCUGGUGGAGGCGGAGGAUUGGCGGAGCUAUGAGAUCAGCACUCUGGCGGUGGAGGUGUGGCACAUCCUGGAGUUCGACUACAGCCGCCUGCCGCGCCAGAGCAUCGGCCAGUUCCACGAAGGCGACACCUACGUGGUGAAGUGGAAGUACAUGGUCAGCGCUGCAGUUGGGAAGAGACAGAACCCGGAGCAGCUGAGGACGGCGGGGGCCGGGAAGGAGAAGUGCUGCUACUUCUUCUGGCAGGGCCGCAACUCCACCGUGAGCGAGAAAGGAACAUCGGCACUGAUGACGGUGGAGCUGGACGAAGAGCGAGGAGCGCAGGUUCAGGUCCAGCAGGGUAAAGAGCCUCCAUGCUUCCUGCAGUGCUUCAAGGGAGGGAUGGUGGUCCACUCAGGGAAGAGAGAAGAGGAGGAGGAAAACUCACAGAAUGACUGGCGUCUGUACUGCGUGCGGGGAGAGGUGGAGGUGGAGGGCCACUUGCUGGAGGUGGCCUGUCACUGCAGCAGCCUACGCUCCAGAGUCUCCAUGGUGCUGCUGAGCGUCAGCCAAGCCCUCAUCUACCUGUGGCACGGCUGCAAGACUCAGGCACACACACGGGAGGUUGCACGCACCGCCGCCAACAAGAUCAAAGAGCACUGUCCUCUGGAAACGGGCCUCCACAGCAGCAGCAAGGUGACCAUCCGGGAAUGUGACGAGGGAACAGAGCCCACGGGAUUCUGGGAAGCCCUUGGGAGGAGGGACAGGAAAGCGUACGACUGCAUGCUGCAAGACCCAGGCAGGUUCAACUUCACGCCUCGUCUCUACCAGCUGAGCAGCAGCUCAGGUGAGUUUGCAGCUGUGGAGUUCCUCUACCCUGCCAGAGACCCCAAGGAGGUCAACUCCAUGCCCUUCCUGCAGGAGGACCUUUAUGCAGCCUCACAGCCAGCCCUGUUCCUGGUGGACAACCAUCAUGAGGUGUACCUGUGGCAGGGCUGGUGGCCUCAGGACAGCGAAAGCACCGGCUCAGCCCGAAUCCGCUGGGACUCUGACAGGAAGUGUGCCAUGGAGACUGUGCUGCAGUACUGCAGAGAAAAGAAUGAGAAGAAGCCCCCUAAAUCCUAUCUGAUCCACGCUGGUCUGGAGCCGCUCACCUUCACCAACAUGUUCCCCAGCUGGGAGCACAGAGAGGACAUCGCUGAGAUCACUGAGAGGGAGGCAGAGGUGUGUAACCAGAUUAUCCUGGUGGAGGAUGUGUUGGCCCGGCUGUGUAAAACCACGUACCCCCUGGCAGACCUUCUGGCCCGGCCGCUGCCUGAGGGAGUCGACCCUCUUCGCCUGGAGGUCUACCUGUCCGAUGAGGACUUUGAGAAAGCCCUGGAGAUGAGCAGAGAGGAGUACGGGGGUUUGCCCGUCUGGAAACAGGUGAACUUGAAGAAAGCCAAAGGACUUUUCUAAACGGCUGGAACAGAGAGAUGGACUAAAGCCACAGAGAUGUUGUUUUGUCUCCUCUUUUAUUUACGCCUGCACACAACAGAGGCUCAGGGGUAGCGACUCCUGAGUUAAUGGAGGGAUGAAGAAGCACGAGAGGAGUUACAAAGUCGUGUUAGAGAUGAUCAGCGGGCGAGAGGUGUGCCAGCUUUCUCGCGCCGCAGAUUUCUUUCUCAUCUGCUUUUUGUGUCGGUGUUUUUGUCAGUAGGAGACAAAUGUAGGCAGAUGUACCUCUGAGUGAAAACAGAGCUUGUUUAAAUGUACACUCUGUUAAUGUUUGUACAUAUGUACAAUACACAGGACAGCCAGUGCCCUUACAGUGUGGGCGAGUGGGAGCAGGCCUGUCAGCCCGUUCAACACACUCCACUUUAGACUCUCUGCUACUCCUGUAUGUAUGUUUAUGCAGUUCAAAUAAUUUAUAUUUAUAUCAAAUCUACAUAGGAUUUUUUAAAAGCUUCAUGAAUAUUCACUGAACUAAAAUAAAUAGAAUAAAGUGUAUAAUGAAUGUUGAGGAGGUUUGUGUCAUAUGUUGAUAAAUACUGGAUCUGUCUUGCUGUACAAUUCACCAUUUGCCAUUUACAAAUCAAACGAUGCAGUUUUUUUUUUUCUCUUUUUUUUUGAUGCGUUUAGUGUCGUUAAUAUUUCAGAUAGAAGAAAGGAUACAGGCUUGAUUAAAGGCAAAGAUGGAGUGAUGAUGAAAUGUAUUUGAUUUUUAAGUCCCACAGUGUAUAGUGCCUUGCUUUGUGUACAGUUUAUAUACAGAUCAUAGUCUGCAUUUUGAAGACUUUUGUGAUAUGAAGAGCUACUAGAGAAAUAAACCCUGAAAG